AAUUUGCCACCUUGCUUUAUAAGACUCCCUAUAUAAAGCCAAUAGCCAAAAUUAAUGUAACCAUCAUAGCUUUCUCAUUUCAGCUUACCAAAAUGCGCUGGACUAGAGGCCAGACCCUAGGCCAUGGCUCCUCAGCCACUGUCUCCCUGGCCACGGCCUCUCACAUGUCCGGCGCUGUUUUUGCCGUCAAGUCUGCCGAGCUUUCCAAAUCUGAGUUCUUGCAAAGAGAGCAAAAAAUUAUAUCCUCUCUGAGCAGUCCUCGUGUGGUUGGCUACAAGGGUUGUGAUAUUACCAUGGAGAACAACAUGACCAUCUACAACCUUUUCAUGGAGUACGUCUCCGGAGGCACACUUGCCGAUGCAACUCGCGGCUGUGGAGGCUGUCUUGAUGAAUCUUUGAUCGGAUACUACGCGCGGCAAAUUGUACAGGGGCUAGAGUACUUGCAUUCACAUGGCUUGGUACAUUGUGACAUUAAAGGUAGGAACAUUUUGAUUAGUGAAGAUGAUGGUGCCAAAAUUGCUGACUUUGGAUGUGCUAAGUGGGUUGAAAAAAGGGUUGAGGAGGACGACAAGGUAGUGGCAAUUGGCGGCACCCCGAUGUAUAUGGCGCCGGAGGUAGCUCGUGGAGAGGAGCAGGGGUUCCCUUGUGAUAUUUGGGCAAUUGGGUGUACAAUUAUUGAAAUGGCUACUGGUGGUGCACCAUGGCCUAAAGUAGCUGACCCAGUUACGGUCUUGUACCAAAUUGCAUAUUCCGGUGAAUUGCCUGAGUUUCCAAGUUUUCUAUCCGAGCAAGCAAAGGAUUUCUUGGAUAAGUGCCUAAGGAGGUGUCCAAAGGAGAGAUGGACAGCUAGUCAACUUCUUAAGCAUCCGUUUCUGGAGGUGUCCAAUUCCGGUGAGAAGUCAAUUCAAGACUCUACUUCAAAUUUUUCUCCUACGAGUAUUCUUGAUCAAGGCUUUUGGAACUCAGUGGAAGAGUCAGAAAGUCUGAGCAGUCCGGUUGAUACACAGAGUAAAAAUCCGGCCGCCGAUAGGAUCAGGCGGUUGUCCUCGCUUUCAGAGGUACCCAGUUGGACAUGGGAUGAGAAUUGGAUCACAAUUAGGGAGAACAAUUCUGAGGACAACAAAGUUAUCAUGAAUGGUGUUGAAUUUGAAGCUUACAUGUUUUGUGGGUCAGCAACAAUCUCCAUUAGUAACGGUGUGGAAGAGCUGGAAAGCACAUUUGGUAGUGAGGAGUUGUUGAAUUUUUCAGAUAGCAAUGUAAAUAGCCGUAGUGGGAAUUUAAUUGGUUUCUUUAAUGAUAGGAAAAGGUGUGUAGCUUUGAGCAAUCUCAAUUUUGAGAGAGACAGAGAAAAGUCGUUUCUUCCUUCAAUCUCAAGUUUUUGAAGUUCAUAAAACUAUUCUCUUUCUGCUCUCCCUGUCUCUCUGUGUCUCUCAAAUACACUGACACAUGAUUUUACAUCUUUGGACUGUUGUACAGCAAGCUCAAGCAAAUUGUAAACAUUAACAGAAAGCAAAUGCAAGAAGAGUUUGGUUUUCUUU